CUUUAGCCCAAUAGUAUAUAUAGCCUGGUGUGCCUUUACACUUUAAUUUCUCUUUAGGUGCUCAUAAGUGAUUCUAUUAACCCAUUAUCAAUUACACAGCUUUUGCAUCUCACCUUACUUUGUUCUCUUAGCUCUAAUCUAUAAGUACUAAUUAAUCCUCUACUUUCUUAACUUUCUCUCUGUUUCUGUUAUCUUUCUGUAUCUUAGUUAUCAUCAUACUUCAUCCUCCAAACUAUUGCAUCUAAUUCUCUCCUUUACUUUCCCUUAUUCAUUUCAUAAUCAUAAAAUAUAUAUUUGUUCAGCAUUCGAGAUUGUUGUUGCUGUUUCUUCCCUCUAGGUCAAGAAAUUAACGAUUUUUUUUCGUUUUGAGUUGAUUGCUCGGUAAAAUUAAAGCCGUUUUUGUUGUAGUGAUGGCGAAUCCGUGGUGGACGGGGCAGGUAGGGUUGCUUCCGGGGAUGAAUCCCGGAGGCUCCCCGCUUAUGCUAAACAACAAAACGCAACAAGAUGUGGCGAUUAAUAAUAAUAAUAGCGGUGGUGAUGAGGAAGAUGAAGAUAGAGAUAAUUGCGAUGAUCCCAACGAAGGAGCUGUCGUGGUGGGAUCUCGUAGACCUAGAGGCCGGCCUCCAGGUUCGAAGAACAGACCUAAACCGCCGAUAAUCGUGACACGUGACAGCCCUAAUUCGCUUCGCAGCCACGUCAUGGAGAUCGCAAGCGGAACCGACGUGGCAGAAAGUAUAGCUCAAUUCUCUCGGAGGCGACAGCGUGGCGUUUGUGUGUUGAGUGGGAGUGGCUCGGUAGCUAAUGUGACUCUGCGGCAGCCAGCCGCGCCUGGCGCGGUGAUUGCGCUUCAAGGAAGGUUCGAGAUUCUGUCCCUCACAGGCGCGUUUUUGCCUGGGCCAGCCCCGCCUGGAUCGACGGGGCUGACCGUCUACUUGGCAGGAGGCCAAGGCCAAGUAGUAGGAGGGAGUGUCGUGGGGUCCCUUGUGGCCGCGGGACCCGUUAUGGUCAUAGCGGCCACUUUCACUAAUGCAACUUACGAAAGACUACCGCUGGAAGAGGAUGAGGAGGAGGGAAUUGUAGCUGGAAACGGCGGCGCUUCGCCACCCGAUAUCGGAAGCAGUGGACAGCAUUCGGGCUUGCCUGAUCCAUCGGGUCUUCCGGUUUACAAUAUUCAGGCGAAUCUGGCACCGAAUGGUGGACAAAUGAGUUCUCAUGAUGCGUAUGCUUGGGCUCAUGCAUCUCGGCCGGCCUAUUGAGAUUGAUUUUUCCAAAAAAAAAAAAAAAAAAAUCGGAAAAUUAAGGUAAUUAAAUUAGUGAAUAAUUAAGUUGGUGUUUUGUGUUACGAAUGUGAGAAAUUAAGUUGAAACAAGUUUGUGUGUUUAUAUGUAGGCCAGAAGAGUGAUGUGUAGAAGAGCAAACACAGUCUUUAAUUUUUACAUAUGUAAAUAUUCAACUUAAUUAUCUGUUCUCUUGAUUGCACUUUGUGU